GGAAUUCCUCGGGAGGCUGCAGGAUGACAGGGGUCAUCAAAGGCCACCUGGACCCUUUAAAAGCAGCGUGUAAGGCCUGGACUCGACACAAAACGCGGUAGCGCUGAGAAGAGUAGAUCGCGCGUCUGUUCAGACAACAGCAAACAUUCGCUCUGAAAAGAUUCGACUUAUACACCACAUUCACACCAUGAGACCACUUCCACUCGCUUUGCUGUUCGCUCUAGCGAGCCUGAGCUGCCAGCAAAGGGCGAGACAUCAUGCAGAGCAUCACAGAGAACACGGGAAAAGUGCUGGACUGUACCAUCCUCACAGAUACCCACUGUACAUGAUGCAGCUGUAUCGAGACUACAAAUCAGUGGACAUGAGGAAAACAGCUGUCCGUGUGAACACUGAUGCUUUGCAUCAGACAGACUCCGUGCUGAGUUUGGUGGCCAAAGACUGUCAUCAGAUCGGCGAGAGGUGGAAGGUCACUUUCGACAUGUCCUCGCUGUUUGGCACCCAAGAAAUCCGGCUUUCCGAGCUCCGCGUCCGCGUGCCCGCCUUUUCCGCGUCCGUGGUAGAGCUCUAUCACGCGCAUAACAGCGCCCCCGAAGCACGCGUCUUCCUCGGCAGCAUCAAGGUUACACCGGGACUCUCCUCCUCUUCCUCCUCCUGGAAGGUGUUCAACGUAACUGAUCUUCUCACAUACUGGCUGAAUCACGGGGGCGAAUCACUGUGGCCUGCAACCGAGCCAGCGGCCGAAAAUAACCUCCUGCGCGCUGUGGAAGAGGGCAGCGGAAAUGAUGAGACUGAACCAUCUCCUCGCUGCAAAAUUCAACACCUCACCACUGACCGAGUGAUGAUUGUAGUGUUCCUAAAGAGCUCGUCGAGUCAGGGUCACCAGAGCAGUUCUACGUUAAUGCAAACAGUACAGCACUCCAAAUACGUGGUCCUAGACCGACCUGGUAACGCAAGGCGACGCAAGAGGAACCGGAUGGAUCCGGGACAUGUUCGGGAGGUGGCGAGUGAAAACGUGACUGGGUCAGUGAUGGAAUCCGUGCAAAGACCGCUGUGCAGACGAGUGGACAUGUGGGUGGAUUUUGACCAGAUUGGGUGGAAUGAGUGGAUUGUGCAUCCGAAACGCUACAAUGCGUACCGAUGUGAAGGAGAAUGUCCAGUUCCCUUGGAUGAAUCUUUCAAGCCUACGAAUCACGCCUACAUGCAGAGUCUGCUGAAGCUUUACCACCCAGAGCGCGUUACCUGUGCGUCGUGCGCGCCCACGCGCCUCAGCUCGCUCUCCAUGCUGUAUUAUGAGGGCGAUGACGUAGUGCUGCGUCACCACGAAGACAUGAUCGUAGAAGAGUGCGGAUGCCAGUGAAGCUGACCGGGAUUUCCCUGGAUUAUGAGACACUUUUUCACUUACUCUUCUUAAAUUGCACACUUUGGCUUUGAUGAUAGUAUUUUAUCUGUGUUUUAUCUGUAUUUGUAUUUUACCUGUAUUUGGUUAAAAUGGCAAAUGUCAAAAGCCACUAGUCUAUUGAGAGAACUGAAAUAUUUAAUAUUUAAAUAGAAUGUUUGGAAGUGAACUAAUUUCUAAUCAUUUAUAUAUGUACAUAAUGUAUAUAUGAGUAGUUAACGCAUAAAUAUAUAUAUAUUUUUAAUACAGCAUAUUUGCUUUGUAAAUGCUUCUAAUCUUUUAUAUU